CAACAUAGGGAAUUCGUCUACUUGGCAUUCAUCUCCAAUUCUCCAUCGAUCUCUCUCACUUACACGAAAUUCGAAUUUUCCAUCUUUUAACAUAUUUAAAUCUUCUUCCUCGAAUCACAUUUUUCUGUCUCUUUCGCUGAUAUUUUCCCGAGAAGAAAUUUGUCCACCUGACGCCUGAAUCCGAAUCUGCCUUGCAAACUAAUUGGAUCGAAGAACCGACACGUUCUCCCUUUGAAUUUCUUACUUUCUUCUCCUUCCUGUCUCCUCUUUUGUUCCUCUCGUAUUCACAUGAUCGAUUUAUCGUCUUGAAGUUGCUGUGAUUUUCUCGGAUUACAAUGGCGGAACUUAGAUCUAAUCGUCGUAGUCUGAGAUCGUUAAUCGUUCUCUUUCUCAAUCUCGCUCUAGCUUUUGCCUUCGUUUCCGCUGAGAGGAGCUUUAAAGGAAAAUCUCUCAAGUUUUAUUCACAAACGCGAGAAAGUGACGAGCCCAGUUUCUUCCUCAGAGCAGCGAAUUUUCUAUGGGAAUCUGAUCAAACAGGUUAUCAUCAUGUCUGGCCCGAAUUUGAGUUUAACUGGCAAAUCGUUCUCGGCACUCUCGUUGGAUUCUUUGGUGCUGCGUUUGGUAGCGUAGGAGGUGUUGGUGGAGGUGGGAUUUUCGUGCCAAUGCUCAGUUUAAUUAUUGGCUUUGAUCCAAAAUCCGCUACAGCGAUGUCAAAAUGCAUGAUCAUGGGUGCUUCUGUGUCAACUGUGUAUUACAAUCUUAGACUGAGGCAUCCUACGCUUGAUAUGCCCAUUAUUGACUAUGAUCUCGCACUCCUGAUCCAACCGAUGCUAAUGCUCGGAAUCAGCGUUGGGGUUGCUUUCAAUGUGAUUUUUCCAGAUUGGAUGGUCACUGUUCUACUCAUCAUCCUCUUUCUAGGCACAUCAACAAAAGCGUUUUUGAAAGGCUCUGAAACUUGGAAGAAGGAAACUAUAGAGAAACAGGAAGCUGCUAAGCGUUUAGAGUCGAAUGGUGUAUCUGGGACAGAAGUUGAGUACAUGCCUCUUCCCGCAGCUCCGAGCACCAACAAUAGAAACAACAAGAAAGAAGAAGUUAGUAUUAUUGAAAAUGUAUACUGGAAGGAACUGGGGCUUCUGGUUUUUGUCUGGGUUGUUUUCCUGGCACUGCAGAUAACAAAGCAAAAUCUGGCUACUUGUUCAGUAGCAUAUUGGGUCAUAAACUUGUUACAGAUACCGGUUGCAGUUGGUGUAUCAGGCUAUGAGGCAGUAGCUUUGUACCAAGGUAGAAGAAUCAUUGCAUCUAAUGGACAAGGAGACUCGAAUUUUACCGUUGGUCAGCUUCUUCUUUACUGUACUUUUGGCGUAUUGGCGGGAAUAGUCGGUGGUUUACUUGGUUUAGGUGGAGGUUUCAUCAUGGGUCCAUUGUUUUUGGAGCUAGGUGUUCCGCCGCAGGUUUCAAGUGCCACAGCCACAUUUGCAAUGACUUUCUCUUCAUCAAUGUCUGUUGUAGAAUACUAUCUUCUCAAACGAUUCCCUGUUCCAUAUGCUCUCUACUUUGUGGGAGUGGCAACAAUUGCAGCUUUGGUUGGACAACAUGUAAUCAGAAGACUGAUUACAGUUCUUGGUCGAGCAUCUCUCAUCAUCUUCAUCCUUGCCUCCAUGAUUUUUAUCAGCGCGAUAUCGCUUGGUGGCGUGGGAAUAGUGAACAUGAUCGGCAAAUACCAACGGCACGAGUACAUGGGUUUCGAAAACCUCUGCAAGUACAGUGGUUAAACGUUUAAAGAAUUUGGCUCAAGUUACGAUACUUGGAUCAUGUCGGAGACAAUAAUCUCGGGCUUUUUAUCUUUUUUACUGAAGCCAAAUCGGCUGUACUCAGUAACUUAUUAACCUGUAAAGUUUCUCAUUCAUUAUUUUGAUGGCAAGACUUAUGGUCUUCUGAUUUUGUGUCAUUUCUUUAGACUAGGGAUUAAAGCGCGGGUUUAAUGUAUUCUUAUACAAUGUAUGUUUGUUUAAAAUAUUAUAUUUACGCGUAUAUUAAUAUUUUUUCAA